ACACAAUAUCGACUACUAAAACACACAAUCUUGAUUAUUUCCGAACAUCUCCAAGAAACAAACAAAAUGGCAUCUUCCAUGAAUUUUCUAUGCAUUCUUGGCAUGAUCCUUCUCGUCGGAGCUGUCGUUGACGGUGCAGGGGAGUGUGGUAGAUCUUCGCCAGACAAUGAGGCGAUGAAGCUGGCUCCAUGUGCAGGUGCAGCUCAGGAUGCUAACUCCGCCGUGCCAGGAGGUUGUUGUUCUCAGAUUAAGAGAUUUUCGCAGAACCCUAAAUGUCUCUGUGCCAUUCUUCUAUCCGACACGGCCAAAGCUUCCGGUGUCCAGCCUGAGGUUGCCCUUACCAUCCCUAAACGCUGCAAUUUCGCUAACCGCCCUGUUGGUUACAAGUGCGGACCAUACACACUUCCGUAAGAUGUUGACGAUUAGAAGAAUGAAGGAGAUAUAACUGUGGGAUUUAUGUGGAAGCUACUAUGUCUCCAUGUACCGUAUAAUAUAUGAAUAAUGACAAUGUUUAUAUGUAUCAGUGUGAUUAUUAUUAUUACUGGACCUCAAUAAUAUAUGAAUUUGAUGCUUUCACUCUCUGUCUCAGUUUAUGUUCUUAA